AUACAAAAAAGGCAGACGGCUACCCGUUCGAAAAAAAAAACAGCAGCAGCCGGCGGCGGCCAUAGCCCAGGAGCCCGGAGCUGUUUCUUCGUCGCAGGAAUGGGCAAGGACGGCAUCCAGUACGCAGUGGUGGACGCCUUCACGGCGGAGCCGUUCAAGGGCAACCCAGCCGCGGUGUGCCUCCUCGAGGACGCCGCCAAGGCCGCCGACGAGCGGUGGAUGCAGUCCGUCGCCGCCGAGUUCAACAUCUCCGAGACCGCCUUCCUCCUCCGGGAAAAGUCCUCCGCGGCCGGCGCCGUCCCGCUGUUCCAGCUCCGAUGGUUCACCCCCGUCGCUGAGGUGGAGCUCUGCGGCCACGCCACGCUGGCUUCCGCCCACUUCCUCUUCACAUCCGUCCUCGCGGAGCACGAGAAGCUCGUCGAGUUCUCGACCAAGUCCGGGAUUCUUACGGCCAAAAAGGUCCCUGCGCCGCAGAGCACGGGCGUGUCGGGCGAGGGGAAGCUGUUCAUUGAGCUGGAUUUCCCCACGAUUGACCUUGUUGAUUGCCAUCCUUCCGAGCUGCCGGCAAUCCCCGACACCCUCAACGGAGCCUCCAUUGUCAGCGUUCACAAGUCAACGACGGCCGGUGACCUCAUUGUGGAGCUUUCAUCAGGAAAGGAGGUUGCUGAUAUCAUUCCUAACAUUCAUGAAAUUGAAAAGUGUUCCGGCAGAGGAAUUAUUGUUACAGGGCCAGCGCCUGCUGGAUCUGGCUACGACUUCUUCACGCGUUUUUUCUGCCCAAAAUUUGGAAUAGAUGAGGAUCCCGUUUGUGGCAGUGCACAUUGUGUUUUAGCACCUUACUGGGGUGGGAAGCUGGGGAAACACAAACUGAUAGCGUUUCAAGCAUCCCCUCGGAGUGGAAUACUAUACCUGGAGUUAGAAGCUACAGGCAGGAGAGUGCGAAUUCAGGGAGAAGCGGUCAGUGUGAUGACUGGCACCCUCUUAGCAUAACCCCUGCUCAAUGAACAUCCUAUGUCUUCACUUCAGUUGUGUGGCAUGAUUUCUCUGCAGCUAGGAAUAAAUUAAGUCUCUUUUCACCUGUCCAAAGGUGUUAGAUACACUGCUUCCAGACUAUGAAGCAGAGUGUAUGAGGAUGUUUCUUUUGAAUAAAUCAGUGGGUGUUCAAUG